AGGCUACAGAACUUUUCUUUUUGAGGGGACACAAGCAGGCGUGUGUCCUGGUGACUGCCGUUCCCUGUGCCUUAGAGAUGGCUCUGCGGAUCCCCAGCCUCCUCCUCUCAGCAGCUGUGGUGCUGAUGGUGCUGAGCAGCCCGGGGACUGAGGGCGGAGACUCCCCGAGGGAUUUCGUGUACCAGGUCAAGGGUCAGUGCUACUUCACCAACGGGACGCAGCGCAUACGGCUGGUGGUCAGAGAGGUCUACAACCUGGAGGAGUUCCUGCGCUUCGACAGCGACGUGGGCGAGUUCCGCGCGGUGACCGAGCUGGGGCGGCCGGACGCCGAGGACUUCAACAGCCGGAAGGAGAUCCUGGAGCAGAGGCGGGCCGAGGUGGACACGGUGUGCAGACACAACUACGAGGGGUCGGAGGUCCGCACCUCCCUGCGGCGGCUUGAGCAGCCCAAUGUCGCCAUCUCCCUGACCAGGACAGAGGCCCUCAACCACCACAACUUGCUGGUCUGCUCGGUGACAGAUUUCUACCCAGCCCAGAUCAAAGUGCGCUGGUUCCGGAAUGGCCAGGAGGAGACGGAGGGCAUUGUGUCCACACAGCUUAUUAAGAACGGGGACUGGACCUUCCAGGUUAUGGUCAUGCUGGAGAUGACUCCUCAGCAGCGAGAGGUCUACACCUGCCACGUGGAGCACCCCAGCCUGGAGAGCCCCAUCACUGUGGAGUGGCGGGUGCAGUCUGAGUCUGCCCGGAGCAAGAUGCUGAGCGGCAUCGGGGGCUGCGUGCUCGGGGUGAUCUUCCUCGGGCUCGGCCUUUUCAUCCGUCACAGGAGUCAGAAAGGACUCCGGGGGCCUCCGCCAACAGGGCUCCUACAGUGACUCAAUGUUUUGACUGUGUUGACUUCUCACACUCUAAGGCCUGCAUGUCCUGUUCCAGCUUCCUGUCUGCCAGCCUGCCUGCCACUAUGUGAUUCAGAGUCUAGCGUGGCGCCAGUGUACCCAGCAGCUCAGCUCCUGUGAUCUGGAGUCCCCAGUCUCUGUCUGUAGCUCUGCCCCUGGCUGAUUCCACAGACUUCAUCUGUGUCUGCAGCACCCCACGCUUUCUGUCUCCACUCUGUAAUAAACCAAUUUAAGAGUAUCCCCACCUAGAUUACAAAUAAACUCAGAGACUCAGA